AUGCCUAUCCAGAGUGACAUCGUCGUGGACCCCAGAUCUUUCUAUUCUUCAGCUACCAGCGAAGAAGUCCAGAAGAUGAACAAGGUUCUCGAGGGCUACACAGUCGACAGCGUGAACUGGUAUGACGUUGGGGCACCCAUGUAUCGGGAACUCCACGAGGCAGGCGAGACAUGGCUCCCGAAGCCCGUCUACCUGCCCGAGGCCCAAGAGGACACCAUCCCGUCAAGGGAGCCUGGCCGCCGCAUUCCUAUCCGCCUUUACAAGCCUGAUAAUGGCGCGCCGCCCAAGGCAGUGUUGAUGUUCCUCCAUGGCGGUGGUUGGGUUCUCGGAUCACAUAAGCACCACGAUUCGCACCUGCGCCGUUACGCGAACGCCUGCCAGGUCCUUUGCAUCUCAGUCGGCUACCGCCUCGCCCCAGAACACCCCUACCCAGCCGCGCCCGACGACUGCCUCGACGCCGCGACGUACCUCGCCGACCACGCGGUCCCGCAGUACGGCGCGCCCCUGCGCUUCGUGGCCGGCGAGUCGGCCGGCAGCACCCUCGCGGUACUGGCAGCGUUCCACCUGCUGCGCGAGCGGCCCGCCCACCGGCUCGCCGGCCUGGUCCUGACGUACGGCUGCUACGACCUCAGCCUGUCGCUGCCGUCUAUGCGCAGCACCUCUACACGGCCCUUGGGCCUGACGCGCGACUCCCUCGAGCACCUGCGCGACGCGUACUUACCUAACCAAAAAACGUGCGAGCAGAAGCGCGAUCCGCGCAUCUCGCCGCUCUACGCGGACAUGCAAACGCUAGCACAAAAGUCGGCGACCGGGAAGUUGCCCGCAGCGCUGUUCUUGUGCGGGACGGAGGAUUUCUUGUUGGACGAUACGCUGUUCAUGGGCGUCAAGUGGCAGGCGGCGUCUGCUGGGAGCGAGGCGGUGGCCAAGAUCUACCCUGGGUGUGCUCAUGGCUUUGAUGCGCUUCAUGGGACGAGGGAGGCGGAUGAGGCGAAUAGGUUCACGCUGGAGUUUGUGAAUGAGAAGUUGGGGGAUGCGUUGCGGGAAUAG